AAUCAAUGAAAGAAUUGCCAUCUCGUUUCUUGUGUAUGACUGACUUGGUUGAUUAUCUUACUUCUUCUAAAGAAAAGUCGGGGUCGAUUGGCUCAGAAGUAAUUUCUAGCUUUUCCGACUUGCCACCAUUGUCCAAGUCAGCUGACAAUGAUGAAGAUUUUCAAACACUUGAUGACAUCAUCGCUUAUCCUAAGAAACUGCAGCACCGUCUUUGUACUGAGAUAAACGAAAUUAAUGUGUCUGAACUCAUUGCUCAGGCUCCUUCUGAUAAAGAUGCGGCAAGGCUGCGGUCAUUGCAAGGUCGUGGAGCCGGAGAUUGGUUAGAUGCCAUUCCUACUUCUGAUAGGCACGCACUUAAAACAAACGACUUUUCUAUAGCGUCCUAUUUGCGGUUGGGAUUGGCUUUACCGUUUACCAAGUGGGUGAAAGUGUGUGACUGUGGACAACAACUGGAUCAACAAGGAUACCACCUACUAACAUGUAAAUAUGGAGGAGGUCCUGUCUGGACCCACAAUACUAUCUUGAAGGGUUGGAGUGAAUGUUUGAGUGAUUUGCACAUUCCCCAUCAAACCGAACCCCGGCAUCGUUUUGUUAGUAGCGAAAACCGUCCUGAUAUGACACUCUUUGAUUCUGAAACAGGACAGAAUCUUGACGUGGAUGUUUCAUUAGCACACCCAUGGAGUAAGGAUGCUCUCAACCACGCACACAGAGAAGAAGGGUAUGCUGCAAAAGUAAGAGAGGAGAAGAAACUAAAGAAAUACUCAGGAGAGGUCCUGCAUGGUGGUUUAUCAUCCAAGUGUGUUCCACUAGUCUUUGAACAUUUUGGUUUGUGGGGCUCGCACGCACACAAGUUUUUGUCUCAUAUAUCUAGGCAAAGCUACAAUACCACUCAUGCACAUCCUUUUAACAGCGCUCAACGUUUUAAGGCAUUCUGGAGAAAGCAAUUUUCCAUCAUUCUUCAGAGAUGCAACGCCAGAGUGAUUUCGAGGAAGCUGUCGAGAUUUUCAUGCAGUACAAACGACAGUGGCAUAAUGUUUGACUGCAAUGUUGUAGGCCAAGUCCAUUAAUGUGUUAUAAUUUGCUUAGUUAUGAAGGACUGGUAGAUAUUUGAAAGUUUCCUGUACAUACGUAGAGUUUUGAUGAUAAUAAAUGAAUCUGUC